AUGAAGAGGUUCAAGCAAAACCUUGAUGGUGAUCAUUUAUCUACCCACUUGGAUUUGGAUACCCGUAAUGCUCUGAGGGACCCGGAUAGGAAAUCUGGUUUGAGUUCGAUGAAGGUGAUGGGGAUCUUUGUGGCUGGCUUGAUUGUGUUUUCGGUGCUCUUUUCAGUGAAUGUGGUUCUCAGAGACCCACCUUCGGAUGCCGUUUUUGAAACUUCAAAAGCUCGAGUUCUUGAAGUGGAACACAGAAAAGAUUCAGAAGAUCAAUUUUCAGAGUCUCUUGAUGUGCCAAAGGAUAAAUUGCUUAGAGGCCUUCUCACUGAUGGAUUUGAUGAGGGAUCUUGUGUCAGCAGAUACCAGUCAGCUUCAUAUCGUAAAGAACUGCCAUACAGACCCUCUUCUUACCUUAUAUCCAAGUUACGAAGCUAUGAAGCUCUACAUAAACGGUGUGGACCUUAUACUGAAUCCUAUAACAAAACCUUGGAACAACUCAAGUCUGGCUAUCACACAAGCUCCCUGGAUUGUAACUAUGUGGUAUGGAUUUCCUUUAGUGGAUUAGGGAAUAGGAUAUUGACCUUAGCUUCAGCAUUUCUUUAUGCUGUCCUGACAAACCGGGUUUUACUAGUGGACCCUGGAGUUGACAUGGUUGAUCUCUUCUGUGAACCAUUUCCAGAAGUCUCGUGGUUCCUCCCCAUGGAUUUCCCCCUUAAGAAUCAGUUUGACAGCUUGGAUCAGAAAUCACCUCACUGUUACGGGAAGAUGCUGAAGAAGAAUAGCAACUUUACAAAUUCCGAUGGUUCAGUGAUGCCAUCUUUUGUAUAUCUCCAUCUAGCCCAUGAUUAUGAUGAUCAAGAUAAGCUUUUCUUCUGCAGCCAAGAUCAAACUUUUCUCCAAAAGAUACCGUGGUUGAUCAUGAAAACAGAUAACUAUUUUGUCCCAUCUCUUUUCUUGGUCCCAUCUUUUGAGCGAGAACUAAAUAAUCUCUUCCCGAGGAAGGAAACGGCUUUCCACUUUUUGGGUCGAUACCUUUUCCACCCCACAAAUGUAGUAUGGGGACUUAUUACUAGAUACUAUAAAGCUUAUUUGGAAAAAGCAGAUGAACGAAUAGGCAUCCAGAUCAGAGUUUUUGAUACAGGAACUGGCCCCUUUCAACACGUGUUUGAUCAGAUCCUAGCCUGUGCGGUGAAGGAGAAUUUGCUACCAGAAAUCAACAGGCAGGAUUUCAUCGUCAGUCCAUUGGGAACCCCAAAGUCUAAAGCUGUGCUGAUGACAUCUUUAAGUACUGGGUACUUUGAGAAGCUCAGGGACAUGUAUUGGGAGCAUCCUACUGUGACAGGGGAGGUGAUUGGCAUUUAUCAGCCUAGUCAUGAGGAGUAUCAACAGACCGAGAAGCUAAUGCACAACCGCAAGGCAUGGACCGAAAUGUACUUACUAAGUUUGACAGAUGUGCUGGUCACAAGCUCAUGGUCAACCUUUGGGUACGUCGCGCAGAGUCUUGGAGGGCUGACACCAUGGAUACUCUACAAACCCGAGAACAGGACAGCACCUGAUCCACCUUGUCAGCGAGCCAUGUCAAUGGAGCCUUGCUUCCAUGCGCCUCCCUUCUAUGAUUGCAAGGCCAAGACAGGAGUGGACACCGGCAAAUUAGUUCCUCAUGUGAGGCAUUGCGAGGAUAUGAGCUGGGGUCUUAAGUUGGUUGAUAGUUAA